UCCACCCGUCGCGCGUUCGCCCGUACUUAUCGAUUCGCCGUUCGAAUUUCCCGCGUCGAAUUCCAACGAGAACAAAGCUGCGCAGUGGGACCCACCAAGGUCGCGAGACGUGCGCAUCGUCGCCAUCAUAGCAAACUUAACGGGAAUGUCAUGUCAGUCGUCAACAUGAUGUGGCACAUCGCAAAACGGCCACUAUAAUUUUAAGUUAUUAUUUUUUUCUCUCGCACUUGUGCCGAUCCUAUCGGCACGAAUGUAAUUAUGUAAUAAUCAAUCGAAUGGUAAAUAAUCGUCUGACGUACCGUAGAUACGCUGAAUUUAGUACAAAAACCGCGAAAACCCGUUGCCGAAACACUCGAGUUUUAACGACCAAACACGUAUCGUUUAAUCGGAUUUACUUAAAGGCUGUGUAACACAUCGUAAAAAUACAUUAAUAACAAACAAAACAAAAAAACCCACGAAAUGGAAUCCGUAGCACCAGAAUUCGAAGAACUAAUGUUAUGCGGAUACUGCAAGCAAAAAUUCAACGAAACCGACCAAAGCCCGAAGCUGCUCUCCUGCAAGCACUACUUCUGCUUGCAAUGCAUGCGCACGAAUCUCGCCAAAGGCCAGGAACUCUACUGCGUCUACUGCUGGAAGAAAACCGACUGCGGCGACAUGGGCCCCGAUUCCCUACCCACCUACAACCCGGUCCUGUGCCUCGCCAAGAACUUCUCCCAACUGAAACUCGGCCCGAAGCCUCCGCCGCCCGACAAACCACCACCACCACCAGCGGUCUCCCAUCCACCAGCCAAGGUGAUGGUAUCGGAGAAUUGCCACACGCACGCCAUGCCACUAGCCCUGUGGUGUCACACGUGCGGCGUGCCGGUGUGCCGCGCAUGCGCCACCACCAACGAUCACCUCGCCCACCAGGUCAAAUCCCACUCGGACGCCAAAGACCAAUUGAUCGCCGAGCUCCAAAUCGAUCUAUCAUCGAUGAACAAAAUGCUGUCGGAGAUCCAACGGUUGGUCGUGCAACAGCGCGAAUUCCUGCUCAAGAUCUUAGAGGCGUGCGUCACGUUGAAGACGUACGUCGAGGCCGAAUUGACCAAUAACGCCACCCAUUUCGAAUUGACCGAUGCUCGUGACGCGCUCGCCAAGCUCCGGGCGAAUCUGUCGAUGGCCGAAAGCCUAUCGGACGUGCACAAUCUCUGCGCCGGCGUCAACGUCGAGAAGCGCCGGUUGCAGAUGCGCUACCAGGAGAUGUACCUGCAAUGCCAGCUCGACGAUUUGAUCCGCAAUUCGAGCGUAGCCUUCGAUUUCCAUCUAUUAAAACAAGCAUUGGGGAAUAUACACAACGGUGAACCGGUGUAUACGGCCGGUAACUCGCGCAUCGUACCAUCAUCGCAACAGAACCCCAUAUUAUUCCUCGCCAACUAUUGCAUGUCGCAAUUGUACUCGCGUCAUAUGUUGUCCAAACCGACCGUAAACGGAUCCACAUCGGACUACCAGAACCACAAUUCGAUCAACUAUCUACCGCACAACAACGCUCCUACUCCACAACAACAACACCUAGUAAUCGCCACACCUAAAAACAUCUACCAAGAGAACAACAUCGUGGUGCCUUCACCGUCGAUGCGCAACCCGCCCAACAUGUGCCCGUUGUACUACUUCAACAUCGACGUGAACGGCGCCCAAUUGGGUCGCAUCGUGAUAGAAGUACGCGCCGACGUGGCGCCCAAAAUGGCGAAAAACUUCGCUCUGUUAACCACCGGUGAAGCCGGCGUGGGGUACAAAGGUUGCCAGAUCUUCCAGUGCUGGGAGGGCGAGAGCGUCAUCACGGGCGACUUCGAAUCGAACAACGGCAGGGGCGGACGGUCGGUGUUCGAGGAAUCGUAUUUCCUGCCGGACGAUACGAAAUUGAUGGCGGUGAGGGGGACGGUGGGCAUGCGCAGGACGCAGAAACGGCACGAUAAUUUGGGGAUGGUCGGGUCGCAGUUUCGCAUCAUAUUGCAGGAGAUGCGCGGCUUUACGGGGAUCUUCGGGCACGUGGUCGAAGGUUUGGAACUGGUGGAGAAGAUCAGCACGUACGGCGAUACGGCCGGUAAGCCGACCAAGAAUAUUUCGAUCGCUAAAUGCGCUAAAGUCGCUGGAUAG